AUUUCCUACAUGAUUAUAUGAAUAUAAUGAUGUUUAAAAUUGUGAUUUCAGCUUUAAACAACGAAUAUGAAAAAUAUUAAACCGGUUCCAUAACUUCAAAGUCUCACUCCACACAAUUAAAUACAGGAUGUGGACACCACUGAUGGUCAUUUUUGCAACAGUAAAUGAAACAUUUUUAGCUUGUACUUGAACCUCCAAAUGACAGCUUGGCAUUCUUUGUGGUUAUUUGUGUGUGGUGUGAUAACUUCAGUCACUAUUCACUUCCUUUUGAAAAGCAUACAACCAUCUUUACAAGAGUAUGCCAAAGAGAACUUAACAUUAGCAAUAGGUAUAUUAUCAGCACCAGAAAAUUUCCAGUACAGAAAUGCAAUAAGAAAAUCAUGGAAAACAAAGACUGGUAAUAACAUAAAGGCAUGGUUUAUUAUUGGUAAUCAAGAUUGUCAAAUUCAUCCUGACAACCGAAUAGAUCAGUAUGGAUGUGAUGAGAGUCGAGUACAGAAGGAAAACUUGCUAAGACUUCAAAACAACCUACUUACCAUUGUUACACCACCUGCAGAUUUGAAGAUGGGGAAAAUUGGUGGAACUAUUGUAGAUAAGCUAAAUAUAAAAGUAAUGUUGGACGUGCAUGUAAAGAGACUUGGUGUUGUGACAAAGUUGCUCAAAUUUGAACCAGAACUAUCAGUUCAUAUUCUAGAAGCCUGGACUGAAACUGUUAUUGCACAUGUCAAGUUUUCUAAAUUGGAUCCAGGAAUUAUUGUCGAGGAUUGUGUUUUUCAACCUAUUCCUAAUAUUAUCUUGCACAAAAAUUAUGAAUAUAUUUUAGAAAUUGAAAACUUAAGACUGAAUCACUGUCUCUCAGACUUUGGUGUGCUCACAAAGUUAAAUAAUUUUGGAGGAAUUUUACAUUAUCAAAAUGAAAUAAAACAGAAUGACAUGGUUCUACCAACCAUGUGGCUAGAAAUAAAAGAUACUGGUCACCUUGAACACAUGAAAAUGACAGAUAAACUUAACAUGGAAUGGAAAGAAAGAAACAAUCUUGCCCGCCAGCACCUUAGAGAAGAGAAAGACUCUUACAAAGACGUAUUGUUUGUAGACACAGUUGACAUAUACAGAAAUUUACCUAUAAAAUUAUUACUAUUUCACCAAUGGCUGUUUAAAAACACAUAUUCAAGAUUUGUUCUAAAAACUGACGAUGAUUGUUUUGUAAAUAUGGAUUUAGUUCACACGUCUUUAUCAGAGUUGGAUGAGAGAAAUGACAAUACCUUUAUAUGGUGGGGAAACUUCAGAAAACAGUGGCUGGUACAGAAAUUUGGAAAAUGGGCUGAUUUUGUAUAUUCUGCUGAUGUGUACCCUGCUUUUGCUUGUGGUUCUGGAAAUGUAGUAAAUAGAAAUGUACAUGAAUGGAUAGCGAAAAACGCUGAUUAUUUGCACGAGUACCAAGGGGAGGAUGUGUCCAUGGGAAUAUGGAUGGCAGCAAUAUCUCCCGCCCGUGUGGAAGAUGGGCGCUGGCAGUGUUCAAAUAGCUGUACUCCUGACGCCUUGAGCCGACCAGAGCUUGAGCCUAGCCAAAUAAAAGUACACUGGGAAAAUCUAUUGAUGUGCGGCGAUCCCUGUGGGUGCUGAUGUGAGGUUUUUUUAUAACGUACGUUUCGAUUAAAUUGUACAAAAAAAUUCUAC